UUAAAAAUCAAAAAUAUUAUCAAUUUAUCAAUAAUAUCAUUUAAUCUGUAAUCAUUAAUAUUACGAACUGCGAUGAACUCUGAAUGAUUAAAAACUUUUCAAGAAUAAUUAAUAAUCUUUCACAGCUGCCUGAGUUUAUUAAAUACAUAGAAACAUGGAUUUGGGUAACGAAAAUAUUGACUUCAUUAAAUUAAUUAAUAUCAAGGGAAAUGUUGAUAAUAUUACGCCCCAUAAAAUAGCGGUGGUUGCUUUUAUUAGAGAGUAUGGAUUGUUGAAAAUAGAAGCGAAAGAUAUGAUUGAUUGCACCAUGGCACCUAAAUACAGGAAAGAUUUUUGUAUUUUAGCUUUGAAGUUAAUACAGUGUCCUGAUAUGGAAUUCAAAGAAUUAGAAGCACUGCUCACGGAUGGACGUUAUAAUUUAUUAAGUGUGCAUCUGCAGAAUUUUUGUGUCCGCCUGCAAAACAUUUAUGUCAAUGGAGUGAAUGCUCUUACUGAUUGUGUUAAUUCCACCAUUGACAAGUUGAUGAUAGAACAAAGUGAGACAAAUCCUUGUGUCAUAACCAGGUGCAGUGUUUUAGGUUUUUAUUUACGAAGAAUAAUGUUGUAUUUGGAUAAACUAACUUUUGUUCAAGUUGCCUCACUAUACAAAGCUUUUUGCAUAUACUACCAAAAAGGAAGACCCGGAUUGAUGAUGAGAUCCUUAAGCAAAGAGAAAUUGAACAAUGUAGAGGCACAAGCAGGUGGAUCAUCCACAUCUCCUGUAUUACCUGAGGAAUCUAAGCAGCAAGAGCUAUUCAUAAAAAUUAAUAUCUUUGAUAGAGAUAACAGUUUCGAAGAAUGUCAGUGGUCCAGGAAGCAAGCAGAAUUGUUCACAGCUCAGCAAGCUAAUUUAUUGCAAAUCAAUGAAAAGAAGGCAAUGCCAGCUAAACAGCUGCAAAAAACGAUUAUGCAAAUUAUAAAUGAUAUACCCGAAUAUCCAGAUAUUCACUUCCUUAGUUUUUUGAAUUGCAUAAGGAUGAAAGAGUUCAGUGGCGCCCAGGAUUCUCUCUACAAUUGUUUCGACCGGGCUGUCUUUAACAUGUGUGGCAAUGGAAGUGCAUCUAAUGAUAGAAAUAAAAAUUUUCGCUAUGCUGCACUAAAUCGAGCUGCGAUGCAUACUCAUUUUGGUCAUAAAUCGGUGGCGAUGGAGGGCGUGCGGGAGGCGCUCGCCACGGCGCAAGAAGCGGCGGACAGCGCGUGCCUGGCGCACGCGGCGGCGUGGGGCGCGCUGGCGGGAGGACGCGCGCGCCGCGCCGCGCUGCUGGCCCGCGUGCCGCGCCCGCCUCGCGCCGCCGCCUCCGCCGUGCAGCUCAUGGCACAGCACGCGGCCGUCAACGCCGCGCGUCCCGCUGAAGUCUUCCAGAUUAUUACCAAAGGAGAUUCAAUUAAUUACCUUCACUCUAUGACUGAUUUGACAAUGGCGGGCUUGGCGAACACGGCCGCGCUAUGGGGUCUCUACGGAAAAACUGAAAUGGCAUCUGUUAACUGUCAACUCCUGCUAAAUUUAAAUACCAAAUGCAACGUGGGUAACGGCAGCGUGUGGCAGUGGUCGGAGGGCGCAGGCGCGGCGGGGCCGGCGGGCGCGGCGGGUGCGGGAGCGCUGUGCGCGGCGGCGUGGCGCGGGCGCGCGGCGCUAGCGGGCGCGCUAGCCGCGCUGUUUGUGGCGCCGCAGGUACGCGCCGCCAGCGCCAAGCAUCAUGCCUCCAAUGCGCUUAGAGCCGCUAAAUGGGAGGAAGCGGAUCAAUACAUACGUCAGUUGUCAUCAUACGAUAGAUGGGAAAGUCAACUUCUACGAGCCGAGAUGUACUUUCUAAAAGGCGAUGCAACAGACGCUCUUGAAACACUGCACGAUAUUUUGGACUAUUGCAAGACUGAAGACGAUAGCCUGCAUUACAUGCCGCUGCGACUGAAAGCCAUGAUAAUGAUGUCAGAAGUACAACACACUUUCAGCAGUAUCCGUUCUACCAAUAUAAUGCUGUUGAAUGAAGCUUUAUCCUUAGCGAGAAAGUAUCACCUGCACUACCUCGCUGCUACGGCGGAAAUGCACAUAGCAAAUGUGCAACUUCAUAUGGGCUGUACAAAAAAUGCUUUGGCCUUAGUAAGGAAAGUGCUGCCUUUGAUUAUGGAGCACGGAAGCGCCUACGAUUUAGCAAGAGGUACACUCCUGUAUACAAAAUGCCGGAUCGCAACCGCGCCGCCGGCCGGCGAAGCGCGCUCUCAAGUGCUGCAGUCGUGUUGUGAAGCUCUCGACACUGUGAAGGAAAACUUUUCCAAAGUAAAGGCUCAAGCGCGAUUGUUGCAUACAUGGUAUCUACAGGCACAACUUUACAACGAUAUUGGCAAUACCGUAGCUAGGAAUCAUUGUGCGUGGAUGUAUCGACAACUAGAGACCCAGAAACCAGUAGAACCAUUAAAUAUGCUGCAUAUUAUGUAUUAAAAAUAUUAAAUAUUUCUUUAAGUAAAAGAAUUUAUUUUAAUAACCCAACUUUUCAUGUUCUA